UUUGAGCCGCAGUGUAACCGCGCCUUAAUGACAACAAAAUGAUUGUAUACGCUUUUUUCCACAGAAAUACGGUGGCUUUUCAACAUUUAUUGAUACACUAUUGUAUUUGGAUUUUAAUAUGUUGUAGGUAUAGUAUUAUGUGUCUUUCGGCAACAUAAUAAUAUUGCCAUCAAUAUUGCCUUGGUUUAUGACAUCACUGUUCGUGUUUGAUGUGCGAGUGUCCAUUACAAUUGCUAAACUGCCGAAAUUCAACUAAAACACUCGAAAGAUCAAAAUGAGUGAAUGGAAAUUAACUAAAAAUGAGGUCCUACAACUAAUUCAAUGUUAUAAGGAAAAGGAAUGUCUUUGGGAUCUAAAUAGUAGCCUUUAUAAACGAAUUGACAUGAAGAAACAAGCCUGGAAUGAGCUGUCUACAGAAUUCAAUGUUAGUGCUGAAAGGAUAAAGAAAAAGCUGAAAUCGCUUCGUACGGCUUUUUUCGCCGAGAAAAAGAAGGUUGAUGAAUCAAAACAGAAUGAAAUCGACAGCCUGAUACACGUUCCGAGUUUAUUCUACUACAACGAUCUAUCGUUUAUAAUUCCGGCAUCGGAGAUGAGAAAGUGCCAUCGAAAUGUGCCCGUGAUAGCGAAGGUAGAAGAGCUAAAUAUAGAUGAAACAUCUUAUGUAUCAGAUUGCUCCCCAUCGCCACAUGAGCUUGUGUAUGAAAACUCUUACCUGCCUUAUACUGAUCAAGAACGAGAGGGAUAUCCUGUGAAAAGAAAAACUUCGAUGACUGCCUCAGCCAGCGACGACAAUGGUGAUGUCUAUACGGCAUUUUCUAAAUGUAUUGCCCUGCAACUCAAGCAAUUACCAGCCCUGGAAGCAACAAUAUUGAUGAGCGAAAUUCAACAAAUGAUUUCAAAUAAAACAGUACAGGUACUGGAAACGCAAUCCAAAAAACGAAGAGAACAGCCGGUUCACUCGCCAACCUUUAAUAUGCAAUCUUACUUAAUGUCUUGCAAUGAAUUGAUAGAGAUGCGGAGAGCUAAUGGCUUAUCCUAACUGCGUAGACAAGGCUUUCGAGUCUUCGCAUAAUCUGUAAUUGGCGCAUUUUCCUCUUUUCAUUCACCUUGUGUUUAUAAUCCAAAACUUUAACAGAAGAAUAAAGUAUCAAAACAUACGUAGUACGA